AUGGAAGCCUGUCCUCUGCAGCUGCCCCAAAGGCUGCUCCUGCUGGGGGCAGCCACCCUGACUGUGUCUGCUCUGCACACAGCCGACCUGGUGGACCUGUGCGGCCGGACGUGGCAGGGGGACGGGCUGCUGCUGCGCUCGCACUCCGCGUCGCGCCGCUUCUACUUCGUGGCCCCGGACACCGACUGCGGGCUCUGGAUGCGGGCGGCGGCCCCCGGCGACAGGAUCCGCUUCCAGUUCCGCUUCUUCCUGGUCUACAGCCUGACCCCGGCGUCCCCGCCGCCUCCGGCGCCCAACGCCUCCUCCCCGGCUCCGCCGGAGGACCCCUGCGCCCCCGGGUCCUACCUGCAGUUCUACGAGGGCCCGCCGGGGGCGCCGCGGCCCCUGGGGGCCCCGCUCUGCGGCCUGACCAUCCCUGCCCCGGUGGCGUCCUCCGGGGACCUCCUGGGCCUGCGCCUGGUCACCAGAGGCCGCCAGCCCCGCGUGGACUUCGUGGGCGAAGUCACCUCUUUCCGGUUGGGAUCCUGUGGUGCCUACUUCCGAUGUCAGAACGGCAGGUGCAUCCCCCCGAGCCUGGUGUGUGAUCGCUGGGGCAUGGACAACUGUGGUGAUGGCAGUGACCAGGUUUCCUGGCCGCCAGCCGACUGCAGAGGUCCCUCUCCGGUGCCCAGCCAGGCAGGGAGUACGGAUGAUGGUCCCUCCAGGCCCCUGACUCUUUCCCCAGCUCACGGGUCUGUGGGCCCCCUGGGGAUUGCAGCUGAGAGGAGCCCCCCAGCACGCCGGGACCCUGCACGACAGGAUGCAGCUCCAGAAGGCCCCCGGCUGCGGGGGGUGGCGCUGGCCUCCUCGCUGUUUCUAGCCUCUGCCGGCCUCCUCGUGGGCCUCCUCUGGUGCUGCUGCUCCUCCAGUCGGCUGGCCUGGCGUGCUGGUGGCCGUGGUCUCUGCCUCAGCUGCACCACCUGUUACACAUGUCCUGGCCAGGUGGCCCCCGGGGGGCUGCGGCUGAGUGAGCCAGCCUUCCAGGGUCAGGGGGCCCAUCCCUGA